GGUGCAGGUCCUCAUGUGCAUCGCCCAGUAGAUGCUGAAGGCCUAAUAGCUCAUACCAGUACCUCACCUCAACAAAUACCAGAACAGCCAAAUUUUGCAGACUUCAGCCAGUUUGAGGCAUUUGCUGUUUCAGGUGUGAACAAAGAAGACGAUGACGAAAUGGAAACACACUCAGAAGUCUUGCAGGUUGAAAAGGCCUCUGAUUCUGCAAGUUCUCUUAGAGUUGCCAAAGCAGAUGGAAGAGUUGAAGACAAAGCACCUGCUAAUGUCCCCACUAGUGCGGGUAAAGGCACUACCCCACUUGCUCCACCACCAAAGCCUAUUCGCAGAAGAUUAAAGUCAGAAGACGAGCUAAGACCUGAAGCUGAGGAACAUACACAGAAAACAGGUGUCAUAGCUGCUGUUCUUGCUUCACAGCCAUCUAUUCCUAGAUCAGUGGGGAAAGACAAGAAGGCAAUUCAGGCAUCAAUCAGACGUAACAAGGAAACCAACACUGUUUUGGCCAGAUUGAAUAGUGAACUACAGCAGCAACUAAAGGAUGUUCUUGAAGAGAGAAUCUCCCUGGAAGUCCAACUGGAACAACUUCGACCCUUCUCUCACCUCUAAGCCUACUGCCGUUAACUGUGAAUUUACUAAUUUUGAAAGGGGUAUUGGUUUCAAAGCCUAUUUAAAGAUCCAUACAUCUAUCUCAGUGCACUGUAUUCUACAUUAAAUGUUGUGGUUCUGUUUUGUCAAUUUGUCCACUUCUGUAUUUAAGUAUUUUAAUUUCAGUAAGAGACAAAAAAAAACUUUUUCCUUGAAUGUGACACUGCCUCUCAAAUAAUUUUCUGUGGACAUCUGUGAUAUUUGUUGGACUUGAGUUUGCAGAGUUUGUCGCUAAAAUAUCCAACUGGAAUUUUUUAGUGGUUUCUUUUUUUCCCAUUGAAACAUCUUUGCAGAAGCGGAUUGCUAAUCAGUUGACUUUAAACAUUAAGCACAUAAACUCUUCUUUCGCUAUGGCAUUUAUUUUAUUGUGCCAGAAAAGAGAAAAACUAGUAGUUUGUCAUCAGCCAAUGUUACUUCCCAAGCUGCCUUUCACAAUUGGAAAGUUGUUCACAAUUCUAGAAGGCCUGCCUCUUUGCAAUAAACCAACUUAUUCAGGUUGACAGAGUUCUUGCAGGCUGUUUGCCAUAUCAGCUGGAUUUGAUUUUGUGUUUUUGUUGCAUACAUUAUAGAGUAUGUAACCACAGAUUGCCAGGUGUUCACAUUUUAUCCAUUCAUGAUCCUGAUUCAGCCGCAUGCAUAUAAAGAUUUAUGGUACAAUUGGUAGUCUAUCAAACAGACCUUUUUCAAUCCUCCCUUUUGUGAAAAGAGUUGGGUGUAAAUCCCCAACAUUAAUUACACAUCACCUAAGCACCACCUGUAACUGCAUGUUUUACACAUUACCUUUUAAUAACAGAUCACAUCUGCCAGUCUUCACUAUAACAAAUUGUAUUGUCAAGUAAUGUGUCAAUACCUCUAUGAACUUCUAAUUCCCGGCA